GGUCAAUCGAUCGGCUCCGCUCUGCCAUUGACACGCCGUGCUUGGGGCAUCGACUAAACGGCGAUGCACCAGACAAUUGCAGAUUGACGUGCUUCUUGAAUCACGCCCAUUGCUUUACCUCGCUCUUUUGAUUUGCUGCCCCUUUGUCGCCCCCUUCUUGCCGAUCUCUCUGUUUGUUGACUUUGGGCUUUACGCCCCCUUUUUGCUUGCUCCUCUUUUUUGCUCUCGUUUUUUUCUUCUUGCUUCGAGGCUGUGCCCUCCCAAUGUCUCAGACCGCGUGCGCCAACCCCUUGCUGCUUGAGUGGGUCAAGGAGUGGUGGGACACGGCUCGGGAGCGCAACUCGAAGGGCGUCACCACUUACAAACAUGCCUACGACUCGCUCAAGGCCUGCCCCAUCCCCUUCGAGCAUCCCUCGUCGCUCCAGCAGCUGAAGGGCUUCGGCCCGAAACUGUGCGAGCGGCUGACGGAGAAGCUCAGGCAGCAUUGUGAGGAGAAUGGCCUGCCGAUGCCACCCCAUCCGGCCACCAAAAAGCGAGCUGGGACAUCGUCGAGUCCCGGCGACGAGGGCGCAGAGGAUGGGCCGGCGCGCCCGGCGAAGAAGGCAAAGAAAGCAAAGCCCUACGUGCCAGCCUACCGGUCUGGCGCGUAUGCGCUGCUGCUUGCUCUGUCAAGCGCGGGAGAGGAUGGUGCGGGGAUGACCAAGGCUGAGCUGAUAGAGGAGGCUCAGCCGCACUGCGACUCGUCCUUCUCGGCCCCGGCGGAUCCGACCAAGUUCUACACCGCGUGGAACUCGAUGAAGACGCUGCUGCAGAAGGAACUCGUGUAUGAGCGGGGCCGGCCUCUCAAGAGAUACGCCCUGACCGACGAAGGGUGGGAGGUCGCCCGGAGAAUUCGGGAAACCGCUGUUCCCAAAGCCAGCAGCACCAGCGACGCAAACCCGAACAUUGCAGCUGCUGCGCCAAACAGGCAGCAACCUGCAUUGCCUACAACAAGCCUGCAGCCGACAGUCGCUGCGGCAGUUGUUUUGGAUGACGAGGACGAUGACGUUCUUCCCCGCCACCAGCCCAGUAACCCAGAGUUCGAAGACGUGGUGGCCGAAGGGCAUAUUAUAUCUGACGAUGCGGAGUUGCCAUCAUUCACCCCCAUUAGACUAGCCCCUGGGUCGUUUACCGUUGAACUGCUUCUUGACGUCCGGGAGGUGAGAGCCAAGACGGACAGAGACUACAUGCAGGAGGAGCUGGCGAAGCGAGGGGUCAAGCCUACGGUGCGCGCUCUGGAUCUGGGCGAUGCGCUGUGGGUGGCUCGAUGCAACGAGCCUGGCUGGCUGGCUCGGCACGGCGCAGAAGGCGACGAGGUGGUUCUCGAUUGGAUCGUCGAGCGGAAGAGGCUGGAUGACCUCGUCGGUUCCCUGCGAGAUGGCCGCUUCCACGAGCAGAAGUUCCGGCUGCGGCGCUCGGGGGUGAAGAAUGUCAUCUAUCUCCUGGAAGAGAUCAGCAUGGAUGCGACGCACUUCCAGAAGUACGAGGAGGCAGUCCAGUCGGCCAUGGCGUCGAUGCAGGUGGUUGAUGGCUAUUUCCUGAAGCAGACGCAAAAGAUGGACGACACAAUCCGCUACUUGGCGUCCAUGACCAGGAUGCUGAAGAAGCGCUACGAGGGGAAGACUCUCAACGUGAUACCGACAAAAGUCUUGACGGCCAAGAACUAUCUCCCGCUGCUGAAGCAUCUUCGAGAGAAGCAGCCGUCGGUUAGCCACCACAUCAGCUACCCCGCGUUUGCGUCGCUCGUCUCCAAGUCGAACAACAUGGCUCUGCGGGACUUGUUCUUGAAGAUGCUGAUGUGCUCCAAGGGAGUGACGGGAGAGAAGGCGAUCGAGAUCCAGCGGGUCUGGAAGACACCAAACGAAUUUGUCAUGGCCUACGAGCAGUGCGGCUCGGGCGAGGAGGGGAAGCGACGCAGGGCGGACCUCGUCUCGAGCAGGCUGGGACACCUUGUCGGGCGGAAGAAGAUCUCCAAGGCGGUGAGCCAGAAGCUCGCAGAGGUCUGGGGGCAGGUCUGACCCGUCAGCGGAUCUCUGGGAAAUUCCCACAGACAGAAGAUUCAAAUAUACCU